AUGAGAAUUCUUACGUUUGCGAUUCUUCUCGUGUGCUGCAUAUCGGUGACGCUCACUCAAUUCAUCGGCGAUCCGAUCUUUUGCAUCAGCAAUGCCUUGGGACCGAAAGCGAAAGCGGAGAUGAAAGCCGUCAACAUCUACUGCUUGAUUUCGUCGACGUUCACGCUGCCGGAUGAAUACGACAAGGAAACCGGUGCCGACGUGGCUCACCCCGGUUUGGGAGUUGAUGCACCCGAAAAGGAUAAGCGGUAUCAUUCUUACUACAUUUGGGUCCCGAUCGUCCUCCUCCUCCAAGCAAUAUCAUUUCGGAUUCCGCAUUUGCUUUGGAAGGGCUUCGAGGGGGGUCGACUCCGAGCCAUCAUAGUGGAGUCUUCCACCGUCGUCUUGGGCCUGGAUAAGCGUCAGGAGGUCGAGAGCCGUGUCCUCGAUUACCUGGAAACCUUCAAAGGUCGGCACAACCUUUGGUUCUUCAAAUACGUCCUCUGCGAAUUCCUUAAUUUCGUCGUCGUCGUCGGGAACAUCUAUGCGACGGAUGCCUUCUUGGGCCACGAAUUCAGCAAAUACGGUUUGGAGGUGGUGCAGUUCCUCGAUGAGGAUCCUCGCUCACGGACAGACCCAAUGGUUCGGGAGAAGUACUAA